AGGGUCCAGGGAGCCAGUUAGGACAGCUUCCUGAAGUUAGUGGGAAAGGCACAAUGGUAACUCUUGCUUCUAUCUGUAGGCGCUGGGGGGGAGAGACCCCUGUAAGGGUAUCUCAUCCAAGGGAGACCUCUAGCCAGAACGCUGAUAGGAAGAUUUGGACUAGAGAUUUAAGAAGAGGCUGAGAGGCAUUCUGGGGGUGGGGGUACCCAGGGCUUGUGAAGGAGCCAGAGGUCCCAUGAGGUGGUUGCCUCCUCCUUCUAGUCCCAGUCUUUCCAGUGGGCUUGCUGGAAAGAAAUGCAGCUCAGACUUCAGCAGAAGCUAAGCCCUGACAUUACAUGGGCCUCUGUCAGGGCUCAGUGCCCCAGCCAACAGCUGGGAAGACAGCAGGGAGCACAGAGUCCAGUCUGUGCCAACGACAGAAGCAAGCCCUCUUGAUAAUAUCGCCUUGCAUCUCGGACUGAGGGCCUCCACAUCUUUGGUCUCUUUCGAUUCUCACCACCAUCACAAUCACUCCAAGAAAUCGCUCUUAUUAUCCCCAAAUUUACAAAGUGGGGAAACUGAGGCUUGGAAGGCGAUAUGACUUCGGCAAAAUCACCCAGGAAGCUGUGGGAUCUGGACUCGAACUUAGAUCAUUGGUCUGCACACUCUACUCUCAAAAGAUCCCACUCUGAAAUGGGGUUCUCACGCUGAGUCUGGGCUUUCGAGGCCUUUGAGCAAUGAACUUCACUGGUGCCCCGCUGUGCGCAAGAAGGAGGGAAAAACAGCAGUUUUCUUUCCAGCCGAAGACACAUCUCCACCCGGACCCACACAGGACACUCCGCUGCGGAAACACACAGGUCCCCCGUAAAUCAGAGGACAGAGGGAGACCCAAAGUCAGCUUGGAGUUGAGCGCGCGCGGCCAACAUUUCCCGAGGACAUAGGACGAGUACGGUGCUGGAGAGGGACAUGGAGCUGCUGUCGCCGCCACUCCGAGACGUAGACUUGACUGGCCCCGACGGCUCCCUCUGCAACUUUGCCUCCGCAGAUGAUUUCUAUGAUGACCCGUGUUUCGACUCCUCCGACCUGCGAUUCUUCGAGGACCUGGACCCGCGCCUCGUGCACGUGGGCGCGCUCCUGAAGCCCGAGGAACACUCGCACUUCCCUGCGGUCGUGCACCCGGCGCCAGGCGCGCGCGAGGACGAGCAUGUGCGCGCUCCCAGCGGGCACCACCAGGCUGGCCGCUGUCUGCUGUGGGCCUGCAAAGCGUGCAAGCGCAAGACCACGAACGCCGACCGCCGCAAGGCCGCCACCAUGCGCGAGCGGCGCCGCCUGAGCAAAGUCAACGAGGCUUUCGAGACGCUCAAGCGCUGCACGUCCAGCAACCCGAACCAGCGGCUGCCCAAGGUGGAGAUCCUGCGCAAUGCCAUUCGCUACAUCGAAGGCCUGCAGGCGCUGCUGCGCGACCAGGACGCCGCGCCCCCUGGUGCCGCCGCUGCCUUCUACGCGCCUGGCCCGCUGCCCCCAGGCCGUGGCGGCGAACACUACAGUGGCGACUCAGACGCGUCCAGCCCGCGCUCCAACUGCUCCGACGGCAUGAUGGACUACAGCGGCCCCCCGAGCGGUGCCCGGCGGCGGAACUGCUACGAUGGCACCUACUACAGCGAGGCGCCGAGCGAACCCAGGCCGGGGAAGAGUGCUGCGGUAUCGAGCCUCGACUGCCUGUCCAGCAUCGUGGAGCGCAUCUCCACCGAGAGCCCCGCCGCGCCCGCGCUUCUGCUGGCGGAUGCGCCGCCGGAGUCGUCUCCCGGCCCACAAGAAGAGGCCGCCCAGAGUGAGGUCGAGCGCGGCGCCCCCACCCCUUCCCCGGACGCCGCCCCGCAGUGCUCAGCGGGCGCAAACCCCAACCCGAUCUACCAGGUGCUCUGAGGGGGUGGGCGGCCGCAUGGGAGGGCUCCGCUGCCUGCGCGCCCGAGGGAUGGUGCCCCUAGAGUCCCUCGCGCCCAAAAGAUCGAGCUUAAAUGCUAACCCCCACUCCCAACCGCGCUUUAAAAGCGACCCCUCCCGAGUUGGGAGAGGCGGGAGAACGGACGUGUGUUUCCACUCCCGCGCUCCACAGUAAGGACACAGUCCUUUUCCACGCAGCACCCUUCCCUGACACUCGCGGCGAUGGUCUUUAGGUGUUCCUCCUUGAGGGGCCAGACCCUUCCUCUUCCUUACCCCGAUUCCCUGGGCGGGGUGGGACCCGCGCAGAUCUAAGCCCCGCCUCCGGGCGCCAGUGCGGCUGAAGGGGGCGUGGCCUCCCUCCCAGAGCCCCGGGCGGCUUUGCUCUUCCCCAGCGCCUGCGGGGCGCGCUCGCGUUCCGCGUGUAACAAGUGUAACAGUAAGCACUUCACCCCCUCCCCCAGUUCAGGACCACUUUUUGUAAUACUUUUGUAAUCUAUUCCUGUAAAUAAGAGUUGCUUUGCCAGAGCAGGUGCCCCUAGGGCUGUAUUUAUCUCUGAGGCAUGGUGUGCGGUGCGACAGGGACUUUGUACGUUUAUACGGCAGGUGGGUGAGCCGCAGGCGCUCGCUCAGGUGUUCGAAAUAAAGACGCUAAUUUAUA